UCAAAUUUAUUACAACAAAAGAAAAAAAAAGCGAGAAGAAAAAACAAACAAAAUUUGUAAACAUUUUGUACGAUUAAAAAUUAAGGCAUUUUUGGAUUAACGCGAAAAUUUGCAAUUGGAUUUAAAGCAUUUGUCGUGUUCGGAGUGCGCGUCCUGAAAAUCAACUGCUCUCUCACAAAAAAAAGUAAAUAAAUAAAUAAAUAUAAAUACAAAUAAAAGCAAAUCAAAUAAAUAAUAAAAGGCAACGUUGCAACUAAAUAAUAUUAAUCGAAACCAUAAAUAAUUGAAUAAUUCAAUAUAAAUAAAUAAUUUUAUGCGUUGGCAUCCAAAGUCGUUCACGCUUAACAAACGCAACAAACAAUUGCAAAAUUCCCUUUGGCUAAGAAUUAAUAGCGGCCCAAUUGCUUUUAUGCAAAGCCAGCUAAAUAAUUCGACGAAAUUCCAUUUUGGCAACAUUGAAAACAACAUUAAAAUUGAUAACAAACAAUUGAAGGCAUAUAACAAUAAGAAACCGAACGGUCCACAUAUUGUGGACAGCUUCCCUUGGCCUUGGCCCGAUCCUUUAAGCCAAAUACGAGCGAGUCAACAAGAGGAACACAACAAGUACAACUAACAAAAUGGAUCCACAACAGCAAUUUUGCCUCAAAUGGAACAGUUACUCGUCCAAUUUGGCAAUUACCUUCUCCAAUCUAUUCAAAUCGGAUCUGUUGGCCGAUGUCACAUUAUCCUGCGAUGGCGCCGUAUUUAGAGCACACAAAUUAAUAUUGGCUGCCUGUUCGAAAAAGUUCGCCGAUCUUUUCGAGAACACGCCCACAAAUGGCCAGUGCGUCAUCAUAUUGGAGGCGACCACGCCGGACAACAUGGCCGCACUGCUGGAGUUCAUGUACAAGGGCGAGGUGCACGUCUCCCAGGAGGCGCUCAACAGUUUUCUCAAGUCCGCAGAGAGUCUACAGGUCAAAGGUCUGUCCACAGAGACCGGCCGCCUGGCCGCCCAGCAGGCACAGCAGCAACACAUGGGCGGCGACAGCUCCCCCCUCGACUCACCCACCGGUCGGCGCAGCAUGCGCAACAGCUUAAGCGGCAGCAGCGGCGCCGGCAUUGUCGGCGGCGGCGGCGGCGGUUUGGUUGGCAGCAACAGCGGCCAGACAGCCGGUGGCAUGGGCAACGGCAAUGGGCUGAGCCUGGCGGGCGCCUUGAGCGGCAUGGCAGCUGCCGGCGGCAUGGCCGCCGCGGCCAGCGUUGCGGCUAGCGGCUUGAGCGCUCUGGCGGCCAGUGCUGGUGCAUUGGAUCGCUGCGGCAGUGCCGGCGGCAACAUCAGUGGCUCGGCAGCGGGCAGCGUUGGACCAUUGAGCUCUGGCGCCGGCGGCAACGGAGGCGGCGGCGGCGGCAGCGGCAGCGGCGGCGGUGGCAACGGCAUGGGCGGCAACAAUGGGCCAAUCAGUUUGGGCAGCGGUGCUGGCGCCGCUAUGCAUAUGGGCGGCUCGACGGGCAGCCUGAAACAGGAAUGCGACUCACUGAUGCAUGCGAGCAACUCCUCGGCGUUGGGCGCCAUGUCCGGCUAUGUGCCGCCCAUGUACCACCGACCGAUGUCCUUCAAUGAGCCGCUGCGCAAGCGCGCCCUCCGCAGUCCCUAUCCCGAACAGGAGCUGCGCGGCAGCGUACUGCGCGAUGGCUCCAAGAACUCCUCGGAGUGCCCCAGCCCCAUCAACAAGCCACCGUACCAUCGGCCCUCGUCCAGCGCCUCCUCAACGGCGCCCACCGAGGCGGACACAAUGCACUCGGAACGUGCCUCACCCCAGUCCAGCCGGUAUGAGAACCACAGUCCCAGCACCACAGCCGGCAAUGGGAAUGCGCCCAGCAGCCUGGAUCGGAUUGUCAAGUCGGAGCGCAACAAUGGCAGCGCCAAUGAGGCUAACGACGACGAACGCGAACUGAUGGAUGAGUCAACAGAUAAUGGCGCCGAGGAUUUGCGCGUGAAGCUGGAGAAUUCGAACUUUUCACCGCCGCCGGCCAAUUCGAACACCUCGUCGACCACACCGAAUACGCUGCUGGAGAACCUCAAGAACGCGGACGGCUCGCUCUCUGGCAAUUUGGCCGCCUCGAUAGCGCCCGCCGACAUGCUGAACGUGUGGAAUGCCACCAAGAUGAACAACAAGAACAGCGUGAACACCGCCGACGGCAAGAAGCUGAAGUGCUUGUACUGCGAUCGCCUCUACGGCUACGAGACGAAUCUGCGCGCCCACAUCCGGCAGCGGCAUCAGGGCAUCCGUGUGCCCUGCCCAUUCUGCGAGCGGACAUUCACGCGCAACAACACGGUGCGCCGGCACAUUGCCCGGGAGCACAAGCAGGAGAUUGGCCUGGCCGCCGGCGCGACAAUUGCGCCGGCGCAUGUCGCGGCAGCGGCGGCAGCUGCGGCGGCCGCCAAUCAUUCACCAUAGGAAGCGGCCGCAACGGCAGCGGCAGCAGUAGUCAUGAGCGCCCACAAGGAGGCGGCAAAGCAGCGUAAACGUAAAUCACUCAAAAUGGCAUUGGAGAAGUGCAUGCAGCGGCGGGACGCGAUGGCGUCCAGCAUCGAUGCGGCGGUGGCAGGCAGCGGGGGCGAAACUGCCACCAGCGUGAGGGGCGCAUUAACGGAGGAGGGCGACGAGGAGGCAGCGGCGGCGGCGGCCGCUGCCAGCGGGCUGCUCAGCUUUGUGCAGCAGCAGCAGCAGGUGCACCAGGAGCUGGCGUUGCAAAUCAAAGCGGCCAUGGCCGCCGAGCAGGAGCAGCAUCAGCAGCAGCGCCAGCAGGCCGAGGCAGCCGAGGCCAUGGACACCACGGCCAAUACGACGGCCAAUACAACCACAACAACAACGGCCACAACGACCACAACGGAUGGCAGCGAUGCGGAGGCGAGCGAUGUUAGCGGCAGCGAGGCGGCAGUUCGAGCAACUGCGUCCGCUGCCAUGGACAUUGAUGAGCCGCUGCGUUCGCCAGACCCGGAGUCCGAGCUGGUUGUGGUUGAGCCCAAGAUAGAGCCCCUCUCGGACAGCGAAGAGGAGCAGGAGCAGGAGCAGGAGCACCAGCACGAGCGGGAGCAGGAGGAGCAGCGGCUAUAUGUCGCAACGCCGCCCCCGCCCGCUGCUGAGAUGCACCGCACGCCCACGCCCACCAGCCAAAUGAUGUUGCCACACGAAGCGCCCACAUUGACCUCGACGCCCAAGCUCAAUGUGGAUGCGAAUGAGCAGUAAGCUAAACCCGCCCAAGUCCUCCCCCCCCAAAAAAAAGAAACCCCCCUUGAAGAAUUUAAUGCCACAAGCGAAAUUAUUGAUUGAGUGAUUGAUAAAGAGUGAUUGAUUGAUGUAUAGAGAAGAAACGUUUACGCGCUGAUCAUGAACAUCGGAUGAUCAGAACCUGAAGAACAUGAAGAAGAAGAAGAUAAUGACUACUGUUGCAACUGUUGUUGCCCUCGGAGACCACCUAUAAAAAACAAAAACAAAAAAAGUCCCAGCCUUUGCAGACUGGGCAGAAUGUUUACUAUAACUAAUCUAACUAACUAACUUUAAACACAACCACACUCACACACACACACACAGGUACACAAACGCAGUAUUUGAUGUUUAAAUAAUGAAGUUUAUGGACAAAUUUUAUUUCUGACAAAACUACACAACAACAAAUUAGCAAAAACAAAACUGAAAUAUUUUAAUUUAUUAAAAAAAGAGUAUACAACAAAUUGCAGUCCGGCUGAAAAAUCGUUUUCAGGGUGCUAAUUAAUAAAUAAAUAACUAACAAACAAAAAACGAGCAAGAAACUUGAAAGUAAAAGCAAGAAAAUAGUUAUGCUUACAAAAAAAGAGAAGUAAAUGAAAAGUUUGAACGUUUUUGAUUGGUGCCGCCAAACGUAGCUGAAAAGUAAAAUCAUAAUAAUAAUAAUAAUGAUAAUUGUUUAUGUAUUUUGUAUAAUAUAAUUCACAAUUAUUCUUUAAAAGAUGUUCAAUUUGUUUUUGAAAAUAACCGCUGCAAGUUGCCUCAAAUCAAAGUAAACAAAAGACAAAACUGAAUUUAAACUAUAAUUAAAAACAAAUCAAAACAACAAAAUAGCUGCAUACUACAACAACAACAACAACAACAAACCAACAACAAACUACAAACUACAAAGCAACAAUAGCAACAAAAACCGUAACCACAAGUACCUGCAAUAAUUAAAUAGUAUAAAACAAAUACAAAAAACAAAAAACAAAAAACAAAAAAAAAGAAAACAAACUUAACUUAAAUACAAAAGCAUUUAAUUGAAUUCUGUGCAGUCGGCUCGGGUAGAUUUCUUGUCUAGUUUUUUGUAAAUAAUUUUAUUAAAUUUAUAACACAGAUGGCAAGAAACAAACCCGGCUGACUGUCGCGCCUUCCCCGCCCCCGCCCCCGCCCCCUCGCUGUGUGUUCUUUGCAUUUAUAUUUAAUUUUUUUUAAUUUUUUCGAAACUCAAAAUUCGCACACACGCACAAACUUUUGAUAACAGAUUUGAUUUUUGUUUAUUUCUUUUAACGUCAACAAAAUAAGUAAAACAAUUGGUAAAUUGGGUGCCUAUAAAAAAUAUAUAAAAUUAAACAACUAUUAGUAAAAUUUUAUAAACAAUGUGAAAAACAAAAAGCAAAAAUCUAACAAAAUGCUUAUAUAUUUAAUCAAAGAACUAAAGUAAAACAAAAAAAAUCUAGCAAAAAUAACUAAGAGAUACUUGUUAAAAGUUAAAUGCAACAACAACAACAACAACAACAAAAACCACUCAAAAACGUUCUCAACAAACUUGACAAAGCAAACAACAAAAACAGCAACAAUUACAGCAAAAACAAAAAUUCAAAAUCGAAAACUUUUUGGCACACCUUUGGAAAACAUUUUUCAACAAAAAAAAACCCAAUUUUUCUUUUCACAACCAAAACCAGAAAAAAAAUGAAAAUGAAACAAGAGAAAAUGAAAAUUUAACUUAAAUUCGAAAUUCUGUUUUUUCGGCUCCAUAUAAUUUUUGUAACUAAAAUGCUGUAAAAAAUCAAUGAAAAAUUCUUGUUGUAAGCAAAAUAUGAAAUGCCAAGGCCUGCGCCAACAAGUGGGCGUGGCACUGUAUAUAGUUAAAAACACACACACACACACACACACAGUUUAGAGUUUAAGGCUCAGUUGUAAAAGCAUAUUAAAUGCCUAAAGUUAGGAUCUACCUAUAUAUAUAUAUACAUAUGUAUGUGUAUGUAUAUAUAUUAAGCGCAUAUGUAGGAACACAUAGGCUCGCCAAAAGUUGCUUGCAAGUACAUUUUCUCUUAGUUUUUUUCUUUUAGUUUUUCCUUUAUUUUUUUUUUAAGUUGACACAAUAGUGCAAGAUUUUUGUUUACAUAUAACUACAGGGUGAUACACACGCACACACGCACACAAACACCACACACACAUACACAAAACUACAAUAGCUGACUACAAAAAAAAAGAAAAACACUCAAAUAGUAUUCAAUUAACGGAAUAGAUCUAGUUACAUACUCUAUAUAUAUAUAUAUAUAUAUAUCCAAUACAAUACACACGCACGCACACACACAUACACACACACACGCCGCUGGCCGCCGGAGUGCAGACUGUGAGAAGCGCAUAGAGCGGCCAUGCGGUGCCGUUACAUUUCUUUGUGUAGUUCUUACGUAAUGUACCCAAAAACCCAGUUUGUUCUGUGAUGUGCAGCGUCCGAACCGCGUUCGGCGCUGCAAAGUUUUUGUUUUCUUUUAAUUUUUUUUUUAUAUAUUUCUUCGAUCCUGCUUUUUCCUAACCGUAAAUCGAACAGCAAACAAUAAGAAAAGAAAACAGAAAAUAUUGAAAAAUAAUUGCAAUAAUUUAAUUUUCUAAAAAUUACAAAUACUACCAAGUUUUUUUUUUAGUGAAAGUUUAUGUGAAUUCACAAAAUAUAUAUUUUGAUUGCUUUACAUAUACUACCACCCCACCCCAACCCCAACUCCCCCACCCCCCUCGCUCAAAGCCUGACCACGCCCACAGUGUGGGCGUGCCGCCUGCCGGCGCAACGUUCUCUGGAGUCUGAAUUACAUAUUAUUUUUAAGUACGUUGCCGUCGGUGGGCGUGGCGCGCCAGCACAGCUGCUGGGCGUGGCAUAUGGCAGAAGGCGCAACAAUUGCAUUACAAAUAUUAUGUUGAAAAUAUAAUAUAUAUUUACUAAAUAGUUUUUAUCUCGUCGUCGGUAUGUUUAGGUAUUUGUUUUUAGCACUUAGUUUUAUGUUUAGACUUGUGCACAUGUAUAUGUGCAUGCAUAUGUAUGUAUGUAUGUAAAUCAAACUCAGGAACUCAUAUACCUCAGAAUCGAAACUACCUCUUUGUUUUUCCUUAUGGUUUUUGGCAAACAGCUGCAAACAAUAUAUAAAUGGAAAACAUCAAAGUUUAAUUUGAAGAUGCUAAUGAAAUAAAAACAACACACAGCUUUAGUUCUUAGUUAUGUAUUUUCGUUUUAGUUUAUUUUUAAUGGGACAUAAAUCCUAAACAACUAAUCUUACGCAACAAUGCAAAAGACACUUGCAACACACACCCACACAAGCACACACACACAACAAGCAAUAGCAACUAAUUACAAAACAACAAUCAAAUAUCGAACUGCAAUAGUUAACUAAACUACCUCAACGGGCCCCCAAUAGACUGCGCAUAUAGCAAAUAUAUCUUAAAUUUAAAGAAAAACAAAUCAAAAACAAAUACUUAAAAAAUUUUUCCUUUAAGUUUUGUUUGUAAAAUGGUGACACAAAGUAAAUCGAUGGUUCGACACACACACACACACACACACACACGCACAUACACACACACACACUCACACCUACACAACUUUUGGCUUUUCAUUUCGAAAUAUUUACAAAAACACUUGAGUAAAAGAGAGAAAAAAAUUCAUUUGCAACACAUUUUUUGGCUUAACAAAAACAAAAACCUUAACUAAAUUUGUUUGUUAAAAAACAGAAGAAGAAGAAGCACAACAACUUUGGCAAACAGAGGUUUUUUUUUGCAUUAGUUUUUUGUAAAUAUGCGCUAAAUUUAACACGAAAUUUCAACAAAUAACAAAAACAAAAAAAAUAUGAUGAUGAACAUUUAAUGUAAAGUUACAAUCUUUGGCUAUACUAACUAACUAGAACUAUGACUAAAAUUUUAAUAUGUAUAUGUGUCUAAGCAAAAACAAUGUGUAUACAUACAAUUUCGGCAAAGCAACUGAAUGAGGCAAAAAACAAAACAAAACAAACAAAA